AAGAAAUUUCCCACUACCUUCCCCUCAUACCUUAUAUUCACCGCAACACAUUGCUUUCUUUGGUCAGCACAAAUUUGUGCCGUACACAGAUGUACCUUUUAUAAGCGAGAACCCAGAGAGUCUUUUUGUGAAUAUCACUGCAUCUGAUUUUUAUUUUUUUUUUGUGAUUUCUGCCAAUAUGUGUUCCGUACUAAACCCAGAUGAUUUGCAGAGGAUUUUCACAAUUCUUGAUAAGAACAGUGAUGGGCUUGUGAGUCUGGAGGAGCUGAACUGCGUUUUGGAGAGAAUUGGAAUGCAAUUCAGGGUUCAAGAGCUGGAGUCAACUGUUGGAAAAACAAGCCUAAACUGGGAUGAAUUCUUGUUCUUUUACGAAUCUUUAUGUAAGAGAACUGAAAUGGUGGGGGAAGCGGCAGAGGCAGAGGAGGAAGAUGAUGGUCUUGUGAAGGCAUUCAAGGUGUUCGAUUUGAACGGCGACGGAUUCAUCUCCAGCCACGAGCUACAAAACGUGUUGACAAGAUUGGGAUUCUGGGAUGAAAAGAGUGGGAAAGAUUGCAGAAGCAUGAUUUGUGAGUAUGAUACCAAUUGUGACGGUGUUAUUGAUUUUGAAGAGUUCAAGAACAUGAUGUUGGGCACCAAUUCUUGAUCCCUGUAUAUAUAUAUAUAUAUAUAUAUGGUCAGCUUAAUUACACCUUGUUCUUAAUGCCAAAUGUACUGAUGUUCAUAAUCAUUAUAUAUGGUCUAUGUUCAUCAAGGUUUCAUGUUCUUAGAACUGGUGUAUUUUAGUGUUAGAUUUGGUGUUCUUAUUAUCAUAAUUAUCAACAGUUUUGCUUGCAAA